AUGUGGCCUUUUGGGUCUUCUCAGCACCGACAGAUAUGUCAACGCAAGCAAGAUGAACGUGCUUCUCGUAUAGCAAAUCUGCCCAAGUCAUAUCAAUCUCCGAUCUCAUCCUCAGAACGCACAAUCCUGGAUGCGUCCAUUGAUGAAUUGGUCGAGGAUGUUCAAAAGUCGAUCAAGUCACCUAUCCAUGUUCUACGCGCUUAUGGCAAAGCUGCCGUCAAAGCACAAGAAGCCACGAAUUGUGUUACUGAAAUCAUGUUUCCGGAUGCCGAGGCUUGGAUCCAGGAUGGCAGUGUCAAUCUGAAAGGCCCUCUUGCUGGAAUACCGGUCUCGCUCAAGGAUUCGAUCGUUGUUGGUGGCUUCGAUGCUUCUGUUGGUUACUCAGGUAAAUGCUUCAAACCCCAUGCUAAAGAUGGCGCUAUGGUACGUCUGCUCAAGGAUGCUGGAGCUGUGCCGUUCGUCAAGACAGCUUUGCCUAUUACCUUGCUCUCUUUCGAAUCAACAAACGACGUCUGGGGACGAUGCAAAAAUCCUCAUAACAACAAGUACAGCCCUGGUGGCAGUACUGGAGGUGAAGGCGCCUUGUUGGCAUUUGGUGGUUCUAGAAUUGGCAUCGGAUCUGAUGUUGCUGGAUCUGUUCGUGCACCAGCUCAUUUCUCGGGUUGUUUCUCGUUGAGAUGCUCGACUGGAAGAUGGCCCAAGUACGGCGUUGACACCUCGAUGCCUGGUCAGGAAGGUAUUCCUAGUGUCUUUUCGCCGAUGACACGAACACUUUCGGAUUUGGUCUAUUUUACAAGAAGCCUAAUUCAGUGCAAGCCAUGGGCCUACGAUCAAAGUGUACAUCCUCUGGAGUGGCGCCAAAACGCCUACGACGAAUUCAAGGAGAAGAAGAGAUUCAGAGUUGCUUGUGCCAGAGCGCUGCAGACCACCGUCGACGCGCUCAAGCAACAAGGCCAUGACGUGUUUGAUCUCACUCUCCCCACCGCACCCUACGCACCUCUUGACGCUCUAGCAAUCGCUGCUCAACUCCUCAACGCAGAAGGGACAAGAACAUACUCACGCUUCUUCAGCGCCGGCGAGACAAACGACGUAGGAGCCGCUCAGUUGACUUUCUGGAUGCGCCUACCUUCCCCUCUCCGCUGGCUCUAUGUCAAAUAUGUCCGUUACAUUCGCCGUGAUGCUGUGUGGGCUCGUCUCCUAGAAUCUUUCCACGAAAAAUCCGCAUACGAGAACUGGCAAUUGGUAUACCAGCGAGAGUCAUUCAAAAACUUCUGGUUCGACUGGUGGAAUAGUGUCAAUAACGACGGCAAAGGCGACAUGGAUAUCAUGAUUACACCUCCCAACGCUACUCCCGCUGUUCCUCACGAUGGCAUGAGAGAUGCUGUUUCAUCUUGUGGCUACACUUUCCUCUUCAACCUUCUCGACUACACUUGCGGUAUCAUUCCUGUUACUAAGGUUGACGCUACCGUGGAUGCUCUUCCCAAAGACUUUGUCGUCAAUGCCAAUGGAGUUGCCAAGGGAGCGUAUAAGCAUUAUGAUGCGAGUAAAAUGGCUGGCUUGCCUGUGGCUGUGCAGGUCGUGGGUAGAAGGUUGGAGGAGGAGAAGGUUCUUGCAGUCAUGGAGAGGGUAGAGUCAGCAUUGAAGGAUAGUGGAAGUAUCUAUGAGUUGUUGCAAGUGCUUUAG